AUGGCACUUAAAACCCUAUCCACUUUCCUCACACCUCUUUCUUUCACAGUCCCCAAAUUUCCCUAUCUGCUCAACAAACCUUGCCUCAUUCUCUGCGAAGUUCCGCGGUCUCAGAAAUCGCAUUUCUCCGCCGCGGAAUCUGAAGGUACCGGCGCAGCUGCUCCGUCGCCAGGUGAGAAAUUCCUCGAACGCCAACAGUCAAUUGACGCUGCUAAGCUCAUCCUCAAGGAUAAAAAUAAGAACGAGAACAAAAAGAAGCCAUUGAAAGCUUCUAAAUCCGUCGCUUCUUGCUAUGGCUGUGGAGCUCCGUUACACACUUCCGAUGUCGAUGCCCCUGGUUAUGUCGAUCUCGAAACCUAUGAAUUGAAGAAGAAACACCGCCAGCUUAGAACCGUUCUCUGUAGGCGGUGCCGGCUUUUGUCUCAUGGCCAGAUGAUAACUGCUGUUGGUGGACAUGGAGGAUACGCUGGUGGUAAACAAUUUGUUACAGCUGAAGAGCUUCGAGAAAAAUUGUCUCAUUUGCGUCACGAGAAAGCUCUAAUUGUUAAAUUGGUUGAUAUUGUUGACUUCAAUGGCAGUUUUUUGUCUCGUGUGCGGGAUCUUGCGGGUGCUAAUCCAAUAAUAUUGGUGGUGACUAAGGUUGAUCUCCUUCCAAGAGAUACUGAUCUUAAUUGUGUUGGGGAUUGGGUUGUAGAGGCCACCACAAGAAAGAAGCUGAAUGUUCUCAGUGUCCAUCUGACCAGUUCAAAAUCAUUGGUUGGAAUGAGUGGAGUGAUAUCAGAAAUCCAGAAAGAGAAGAAGGGACGAGAUGUAUACAUUUUGGGUUCAGCUAAUGUUGGAAAAUCUGCUUUCAUCAAUGCUUUCCUAAAAACAACGGCUAUAAAUGAUCCAGUGGCUGCGGCUGCACAAAGAUACAAACCAAUACAAUCUGCAGUUCCUGGAACUACCUUAGGGCCAAUUCAAAUUAAUGCUUUCCUAGGAGGAGGGAAACUGUAUGACACUCCUGGAGUUCAUCUCUACCAUAGGCAAAGUGCUGUUGUUCAUUCUGAAGAUCUACCCUCCCUUGCUCCUCAAAGCCGACUGAGGGGCCGAAGUUUCCCAAGUUCUCAAGUAUUUUCAGACAGCAAAGAGGAAGGCAGUUCCAUGAUGAAUGGUUUGAAUGCAUUUUCGAUAUUUUGGGGAGGUCUUGUCAGAAUUGAUGUCUUGAAGGUUCUCCCAGAAACAUGUUUGACAUUUUACGGGCCCAAGAGACUACCAAUUCAUAUGGUACCCACAGAGAAAGCAGAUGAAUUUUAUCAGAAAGAACUUGGAGUGCUGCUGACCCCACCAAGUGGAAGAGAAAAGGCUGAGAACUGGAGAGGACUUGAAUCAGAACGCAAACUACAAAUAAAAUUUGAAGAUGUAGCAAGGCCAGCUUGUGAUAUAGCUAUAUCAGGCCUAGGAUGGUUUACUGUUGAGCCAGUUGGUAGGUCAUUCAAAAUCUCACAACCAAAACCAAUUGAAACUGCUGGGGAAUUGCUCUUAGCCGUGCACGUCCCCGGGCCUGUUGAGAUUUUUGUGAGAACACCAAUACCAGUAGGCAAGGCUGGAUCAGAGUGGUACCAGUAUAGAGAAUUAACAGAAAAAGAAGAGGAAAUGAGACCAAAAUGGCACUUUUGAAUUCUGAUUACUUAUAUUAACAAGGGUAGAAACUCUAUUCGGAUUCAUUACUUAUAUUUUUCUUUUGAUGUGACUUGUUUUAAUAAAAGG